AUGAUAAAUUGUGUUUCUACUCAAAUUAUAUCGAUUAGUAACCUAACUAGUUACGCAAUUAUUGCGGGUACAACUGUUACUGCAACCGGUAAUACCUCUAUCGUCGGCGAUGUAAUCAUUUAUCCAGGUAACACACACCCAGGUUUAACACAGGGUACAAAUGUAAAUGGUAUAAUUCAUUCGGCUAAUACUAUUGCUUCUGCGGCCAAAAAUGAUUUAAGUAAUGCAUACAACCAAAUAGCUAACCGAAUAGCAAAUCAAACUUUGCCAAUUGUAGAUUUAGGUAACCAAAUACUUGUUCCUGGGAUCUAUAGUUUUUUUUCAGAUCUCAUUAAUUUAAAUGGAAAUUUAACAUUAAACGGUGCCGGUGUGUAUCUAUUUAAAAUUACAACAGCAUUGAUAACGUCGAAUAAUUGUAAUAUUAUUCUAAUUAAUGGUGCUUCUGCAUCAACGAUCUAUUUUCAUGUUGGUAGUAGUGUUACGAUUGGAACCGGGUGCACCGUCAAUGGUUUCGUAUUAGCACGUACAAGUAUUACAGUCAAUGGAGCCAGUAUCAAUGGCGGUCUAUUCGCAUUGAAUGGUGCUGUUACAAUUACACAAUCAUCAAGAAUAACGGCUCUAACACCACAUAUUUACACCGAUGUUACUACAACUUCAUCUGGUAUCAUUUAUUCGAGUCUCCCACCUCGCUCAUCUACUACGACUGUUAGUAAACAUCCAUACAUGAUUAUAGCUAUUCUUCUGUGUUCCUUAGCCAUCCCUUGCUAG